GUGUUGUCCGGCUCUCUGCGUUGGAUGCGGCGUCUGUGUUUAAAUUAUAACGGUGAAGUCGUUUUUAUCUAUGCCAAACUUAACCUAACAUUGAAGGACGUUCCGUACAGGGUAACUGAGUAACUCGAUUCAAACAUAAGUGAUAAGUGCAUAGAAUUUAUAAUUUGACGCAUGUUUUAAUGAACAUUUUCAAAAUACAAAACAAUGUCAGCUGUUCAGUCGCCUUUAGAAACCAAGGAGAUGUCGGAAACAACCGAAUUGAUGGAAUCUUUCGAAACUGUAGACGAAGAUAAGGAUUCGGAUGAAGAAAGUUUUCAUUUAUUCUUAGAAGGAGAUGAAGAGCAUAAUAAAAGUGACGAUAAAAUAACAAAUGAAUUUGAAGAUGAGGCCAAUGAAGAAAUUAAUGAAGAAGGACAACGCAAAAGCCCAACUUCAGUUCUAGACAAGGAAAACACAGAAUCUGUUGAAGAGAAAAAAGAUAAUGAUGAUGGUCAGUUAACUUUUGAAGAAGAUAUUCCAUGUGAUAAGGUUAAAGAAGAAAAAUUGGAUAUAGAAGAAGCAGAUAACACACAAUGCACUCAGGAAGAAAAUCUUGAGGAUAUAAUAUCUGAAAAAACUAUUAGUGAUGAAAAUAAAUUGAACUCUGAUGCAUCAAGUGAAAAUGAGGAUGAAAUACUGAAUAAACAUAUUAAUGAAGGUUCAGAAGACUUGGGUAAUAGUGUAGAAGAAUUGGAUCCCAAUAUUGAAGAAAGUCUUUUGAAUGAAUGUGAUGAAAUUGAGAACCAUGAAAAUAACAAAAUAUCUGGCGAAGAAAAACUUGAAACAAUCUCUGUGAGUGCAAGUGAAAAUAAGCAAACCGAAGUGAGUGAUAGUGUGGUGGAAGAGCAGACUGUCAAUACGGAUCAGAACUUGCCAGUAAAUGGUGAGGAUUCCAGUGAAACAACUGAAGAGAAUAUUGAAAAGAACAUUGUAUCAGUCACGAACUCUCAAAAAUGUGAUGAAAAUUCAAGUAGUUCCAAUCCUGAUACCGAUGAUCUUCUUGAUAUAUCUAUGAUCAAAGAUUCAGCGCAAGAUGAUGCUGAUAUAGCAGAAGAUGCACGUCAAUUGGAACAAGAAAAUGAUGAUUCUAAUUCUAAAGGUAUUGACAAUAUAGAGAAUACAGAUGAUACAUCUAAUUCAGAUAAUUCAGAUGAAGAUGGUAGAACAGAAUCGGAAAUAUUGGAAAACGUACAAAAUGAAAUAUCUGAUUCAGAAAAACAGAAUGGCGUACAAGAAAGUGAUAGGGAUAAUUUAACACCUAAAAACUACGAAACAGAUAAGGAAAAAGACAAUGUAGAAAUAACCAAUUCCGAAGAUUCCGAAACUUGUGAACAAAAAACAGAAAAAUUAGGCAAAAGAAAUAUUUCCAAUUCUGAUAUUGAACCUUCAUCGAAAAGAAUUAGACUAGUCGAUACCUUAUUAGAUGAUGUUGAAAUGGAUUCUUGGGAUAUAACAGAACUCCAAUCUCUCAUUUCAUUUUCCAAGUUCAUGACAAAAUCUCAUUUGAAAAAGUUAACCAGGGCCGAUUUGGAAGAAUUUUGUAUUCAAAAAUUGUGUGAGGCUAUUCUCCAUAAAAGUGAACUUGGAGAAACAAAUCACCAACUUAAAAUCCAAGAACAGACAAUCGAGACCCUCAGGAGAGACCAAACGGUCCUCACUAAACAAAUAAAAGACUUGGAAAUUGUGAAUAAGAAAUUGAUGAAUGAAAUUUUAGCUUCAAAUGGAAUAAAGCCUGUCCUCCCUGUCAAAAUAACCAGAUCAGUGGGUUUGCAAGUCAGGUUACCUACAGCAAAUGAUCCUAACCUAGCUAAACGUAGGUCACUGCCCACACCUCAUAAAAUAACUGCUACUCAAACGCAAGCAAGCACUCCAAAAACACGUAAUGUUCCAAAUAAUAUCCCUAAUAGAACUAUAAUGCAACCUAGUCCGCAAAAACAGCCAACAACACUUUUGACUCAAGCCUUGCAAAAUAGAACUAGAACUCCAGUGAAAACUGUCCAAGUACAUAAUAAUAAUAAUAAUGCAGCACAAAGGACAAAUGUUACACCUAAACCUAUUCCUCCUCCAGAAAAGAGGCCAAGGACAUCUGGAUCUUUCAUCGACUUAACAGAUGAAGACGACAAGAAAUCAAAUAAUAAGAAUGUGAAGUCUAUCGUGCCACAAGGAGUCAGGAUCAAUAGUGUUCCUAAGAGUACUGCUUCGUCUGUGUUACCCUCUGUUGUUUCUACAACCACUCCGCAGCUCAUGUAUGUAGUGCAGCCAAAUUCACAGUUAAAACAAGGAGUUUUGACAACAUCAGCUGGCCAGAAAGCCCUCCUUGUGAACUUUCAACCAACUAACGGGGUUAUAAACACUUUGAAUUCUUCUUCAGUGUCUGUAAUACCAAAAGUUACUGGGACUAUUCCCAUAAAACCUAAACCAAGUGCUCACAAUUCCUUAUUGAAGGCGAACAAAAAUUCAACCCCAUCAUCUAACAAACACCCAGCUCCGUUACCUAACCCACCAGCAGUUCAAGGUCCAAAUGAUAAAAACCUUAAAGCAAUUCCACCAAAACCAGUACUCUCUAUACGAAAAACAGCUACAGGUAUAAUAUUGCAAUGGAGGAUGCCCUAUGACCUUGGGAACUAUGAAGCAAUUGCCAGUUAUCAACUUUAUGCCUAUCAAGAAACUUCAGCUGUUCCAAGCACAGAUAUGUGGAGGAAGGUGGGUGAUGUUAAAGCUAUGGCUUUGCCAAUGGCUUGUACAUUAACUCAGUUCGCUGAUAAGAAUAAGUAUUAUUUUGCUGUAAGGCCUGUGGAUAUUCAUAAAAGAAUAGGUAAAUUUAGUCACCCUGUAUUGUCGGAAUAAAUGAACCUUUCAUUUUCUGAUGAAUGAUUUCUAUGUUGCUUUGAGUCUUUUAUAAUUUAUAUUUUGAACUGAAUGUAAAAAUCUUACCAAAUGAAAUUAGGGAACUUGUAUAUUAAACUUGAAUUUAUUUCUGAAUUUUUAUAUCAUUAGGCAAAAUAAGUAAGUUGUAUGGUUGUAUCAUUUCUUCGAAUUAUCUUGUUGAUCAAGAACAUUUUUUAGUUUAUAAAAAUCUUUGAAUGCAAAAUGUUAUGGAAGUAAAUCCAAAAGAUUUUAAUUAAUGAAAAUUUGUUAACAGUUAACAUGAGUUUUGAAAUUUGUAUUCCAAAUAAAACUUGUACAUACUUUA